AUGUUCAUCGUGGCACCGGGUCCACUUAGUCUUGCGAGAGCGGAGACGUGUAAACCGUCAGUGUUUCGCCCCCCCGCACGCUUCGCGAAGGCUGCGCCACCGUCCAACGGGUGUGUGGCGCUGUUGCCACGGCCAUUGUACUCGGCAGGCAGUACAACCUCAGAAAAGGCACCAAAGGAGGCCCGUUUGGUACCACCGCAGGCGCUAGGGCAGUCACAGUGUUUAGAACCCGAUGUUGACUGUGCCACUUUGCCUCCUAUGAGUAGCAGCAGCGGUUUCCCUUUGCUAAGCGCGGAAGUCAACGUAUUUUCUCACAAGUUUACAGAGGAAGCAACCAAUAGGAGGGUUUACCCUACGGAGAUGUUCCUUUCCGCUCGAAGAGAUGCGGCCCACACACCGUACGGCGUGCUUCGCUGGGUGGUGCGGCAGUACUUGCGGAUUCCAUCUCUAAAAGUUCCUCCCCACCUUCAACUUUCUCUACAUGGGACGACGGAACAGGACGAUGGCCUCACACGUGGGACGCUAGGAUGCAGUCUGAAGGGCAGCACGAAAUGCAGGAAGCCUGUUCGACUCACUCAUCACAAGGUGAUGUCGAUUCUUAGUCGCAUUACACCAGCCAAAUACAAUGUCCUUUUGGAGGAACUGUUGCUGCUCCCGCUGCGACAGGUGGAUGACGCGGAGUUGAUGGAAAUUUGCAAGGUUAUCUUUGAAAAGGCUGUACAGGAGCCUGCGUACUGUGGCGUCUACGCACAACUUGCGCAGGAUAUAUGCUCUAUGAAGAAUGGGGAACACGAUCUCGGGUCGCGCGAUCAAUGUUUUUUACGACGAUUUCGUCGCAUGCUAAUUGCGUUGUGCGAGGCGCAGUUUCAGCGUCCUUUGCAACUCUCCGCGGAUGAAUUGGUUGACUGCACAACAGGGGCGCCGUUGAGCGAGGAGGAGGUGGAGGGAAAGCGCAGUCGAUUGAAGCGUCGCCUUGUUGGCAACAUUCGGUUUGUUGCGGAACUUUUCAAAAUGGGGUUUCUUACAGCUCGAGUCAUUGACGACAUUAUUCGCAUCCUUGUGAAGGACUAUAACCUCGAUGAUCCCACCGCGAAGGAGGAGGCGGUGUUUGAGGUCUUUCAGACAUUGCUGCGCCACACUGGGGUGGUACUUAAGGAGCAGAUGCCGAAUCUUCUUGCACAGGCACUGGGCAUUGCGAAGACCAUUGAGCUGUCACACCCCAAACUGCGUGUGGUGUUCUUGAUGAUGGAUCUGAGUGAUUUAAAUCGAGUGAACGGGUGGGUGGCGUCGGAGUUGGUUCAGCAGCACGUGCAGGAGCCAAAGGCGGGCAAAACCACGAGCGCCGCCGCUACACUCGGAGAGAAAGGUUCCGGCGUAGUCUCGCCAAUGUCUCCAGUUUCUAUUGCGUUACCACAAGAGCUAAAUGCGACGAAGAAGCCACCUGAUGACAGCGUGAGGGCCACGUCGCCACAUCAUCUCAUUGGGGAUGAUCAGACAAGUGGGGGUUAUAACGAAUUAAAUAUGAACACGCUCAACGCUUACAGCAAGGACGUUAGCAAGGAGAAUGGAGAUGACAACGGCUCCAAUAGUAUUAGCAGUAAUGGCAAUACCAGCAAUAAUAAGAACACUGGUGAUAUGCUUCGACCCCAGUCUCUAGCGAAGGAGCGGGUCUCUCGUGCACAACAUCAACCCUACGGCCAGCUUGUUCUUACUAAUAUUGUCAAUGACAAUAAUGAGAAUCGUUUCAAUAGCAGUAUGGAUUCCCUACAGCUCAGCAGUCCCUUAACUCCUGUUUAUUUUGUCCCGGACGGUGUGGCUCAAUUUCAGAUGGAUAUGCGACCACACCACAUUAGCAUGAGUCUUGCACACACCACAAGUGAUUGGGCAGGAUCUCCAUGUGGAAGCUUCAGCAACACAACGCUUACUGAUACGACGGUAAAUAUCAAGGAAGUCACGGAGCAGUUGAUGGGCCUUUUUCGUAACGGUGAGGAGGCAACAGCCGUGUCCAUGUUGCGGGGCAUGGAUCUAAAAAACGUGGUGGUAUGCCUUACCUGGUGGUUGCGUCUUGCAGCUACCAGAACGUCUUUGUUUGAGGACCGCAAAAGAGUGGCAUCUCUUCUUUCCUCCUUGUUGAGUAAUUGCGGCGGUGUAUAUGAUGCGAAGACCAUAUUUUCAACUAUCUUGGAGUGGAUCCGUUUUGAUGUGGAAAAGGGUGAAUACGACAAUUGUCCACGCAUGUUUGAAAACAUGGCUCAAAUGAUUCUUUACUGCCACCUUCCCUGCAAUGAUGCAUUGCCGCACGUGGAUAAGGUGCGUAACAUGAUGCAGUGCGGCCUCUUUAACGUGUUCUUGCGGGAGCUCACAAUCAGUGAAGGGACAGAUCAAAUGGUGACCGUGGUCAAGAGCUGUUAUCCUGUCAGCUUGCAGAUAUUGAACAAUCUGCAUGAUCCUAAUGAUGAGCGGCAGAUUUUGCGUAUUGCGGCCCAAAAUCGCUUUAGACUGCUUCCAUACUUGUUGAGCGUGAGCUCUGGAACGAGCAAUGUCAUGCCUGGGACACCGUCUAUGCGGCCUCGGGGGUCCUCGUCGCCGUCGUCCUCGCUACGGAGCAGCCCACUCGGGGAAUCCUUUUCAAGCACCGGGCACUACGAUCCACUGGUGCAGUGUUUGGUGUUUGCGCGUGUAUCAGAUGACCCUGAGUUUGUGCUGUUUCGCAAGAUCCGUGACGCGGCGGCGGAGGGUGGUGGUUUCUCCCCAACUAAGUCACCGCGGUGGCGUGAUGAGGCCGUCCAAUUGGCAUUGACUCCUCUGGGAAACAACUCCACAGUGUGCGAGUUGAUUGCGGUGAUGCGGGUGGUGGGCGCUGUGCUUGCGUGCUCCUGCGUCUCUGGGAACAACGAUCGCAUAUUGGCCUCAAGCGCCGAUGUGGAUUACGUCGUGGACGAGAUACUUAGCAAGCGACCCGGUAUUCUCUACCAGGGGGCCGUGACAGUCGAGCUUAUUAUGCACCAUACCCAGGCACUCAACGACACGGUGGGAACAUCCAAGGUGGACACCAUGCGGCUUCGCUCACUCAAGCGCAUGUUUGAGAACUGGUGCGCACACGACAUCAUACGUCGCGCCGCCGUGCUUGAGCUACUGGACGCCCUUGAAUGUGCGGGCGAUCGCUUCAGCGUGUACACGGCGUAUCACGAUAAUGUUGCGGAUAUGGCGUGGCAGCUGACACUACGCGAACUACGCGGCUACUGA